AUGGAGGCCAACGCGUCCUCCGCAUCCUUCCUGGAUGACGAGGCUGAAGCAAACAUCACUCUCAGAAACCAGCUCGAGUCGCCGCUUCUCCGCCUCCCAGCCGAACUACGGAACAAGAUCUACGUCUACGUAGGCGCCGCCACAGUCAUCCAAGUCGUCACACGCUCCCCGACACCAGCCAACGCGGAGGAAUAUACCAAACUACUCAAGUACCCGCAACCCGACCUCCUCAACACCUGCAAUCAAGUCCGCCAAGAAGGCUCUUACCUCCUCUACAAAUAUGCUCUUUUCGACUUGUCCAACUGUAGCUUCCUAGCGGUUCUGUUCCACCGUUGCGUCGACAAUUGCUGCGAGCGUAUGACCUCUGUCAAAGUUGAUUGGAGACCUGUACAAUAUGCGGCUCGAAACUUUCUUGACGAAGACGGCGGUUGGUCUGAUGAGCACGACGGUAUCAUCAGCGUACUGCGGAAUGUGGAGACAAUCCAUAUCGAAGCGGAUCCUAUCAGGUUAUGGUUUAAAGAUAGUUCUAUCAGAGCAGUACUGAAAGGCUGGUGUGAGAACCAUACAGCUGAGAUUGUCUUCGAAGACAUACAUAAAAGCGUUCUUUGGGACGGCUAUUGGGACCACCAUCAGAACUUAAUUGCCUAA